AUGUUCAGGCUCGCCCGCAGUCGAGCUGUGGCUUCGGCCUUUGCCGCGCCAAAGGUGUCUCCCUCCGUCAGAUUCCCCGGCCUGGCCCAGCAAAAACGGAACCUCUCCAUCCACGAGUACCUGUCUGCCGACCUCCUGCGCCAGUAUGGCAUCGGCGUCCCCAAGGGUUCCGUCGCGAAGACGGCUGCCGAGGCCGAGUCUGUCGCAAAGCAGAUCGGCGGCGAGGACAUGGUGAUCAAGGCCCAGGUCCUUGCUGGUGGCCGUGGAAAGGGAACCUUCGACAACGGCCUCAAGGGUGGUGUUCGUGUCAUCUACUCGCCCACCGAGGCCAAGAUGUUCGCCGAGCAGAUGAUCGGCCACCACCUCAUCACCAAGCAAACCGGUGCCGCGGGUCGGCUCUGCAACUCCGUCUACAUCUGCGAGCGCAAGUUUGCCCGUCGCGAGUUCUACCUCGCCGUCCUCAUGGACCGUGCGUCUCAGGGCCCUGUCAUCGUCUCGUCCUCGCAGGGCGGCAUGGACAUCGAGGGCGUUGCCAAGGAGAACCCUGAUGCUAUCAACACCAACUACAUCGACAUCAACGUCGGCGUCACCGACGAGAUCGCGACCGAGAUCGCCACCAAGCUUGGUUUCAGCGAGCAGUGCGUCGACGAGGCCAAGGACAUCAUCAAGAAGCUGUACCAGAUCUUCCUCGAGAAGGACUCCACCCAGAUCGAGAUCAACCCCCUGUCAGAGACCUCCGACCACAAGGUCAUGUGCAUGGACGCCAAGUUUGGCUUUGACGACAACGCCGACUACAGGCAGAAGGAGGUCUUCUCGUGGCGCGACACCACCCAGGAGGACCCCGACGAGGUCCGUGCCGCCGAGUCCGGCCUCAACUUCAUCAAGCUGGACGGCGACAUCGGCUGCCUCGUCAACGGUGCUGGUCUUGCCAUGGCCACCAUGGACAUUAUCAAGCUGAACGGUGGCCAGCCUGCCAACUUCCUGGACGUCGGUGGUGGUGCCACCCCGGCGGCCAUCAAGGAGGCCUUCGAGCUCAUCACCAGCGACCCUAAGGUCUCUGCCAUCUUCGUCAACAUCUUCGGUGGCAUCGUGCGAUGCGACGCCAUUGCCCACGGUCUUAUCAACACCGUCAAGGCCCUGGACCUCAAGAUCCCCAUCAUUGCCCGUCUGCAGGGCACAAACAUGGAGCAGGCUCACGCUCUGAUCAACGAUUCCGGAAUGAAGAUUUUCUCUAUUGAUGACCUGCAAAGUGCUGCUGAGAGGGCUGUGCAGCUCUCCAAGGUCGUGAAGAUGGCUCGUGACAUUGACGUCGGUGUUGAGUUCACUCUGGGUAUCUAA